AUGCAUAGCAUCUUUGAAAUUGGUGAAAUACAUCAAAUCAAUGAACGACUAUGGCAAGUAGAAUUAUUAUCCACUAUGAAUAAUGAUAAACGAAUGACGGAGUUAACUGAUUACAUUCGACAACAUACGACGAAAUCUGAAGGUGUUCCAUGGUUUUCAUUAGCUGAAUUAUUUGUGCAGAUGGGACACCAUAACGAAGCUGAAAGUAUUCUCCAACAAUUUACCGAUUUUUGUUCGACCUAUGCUCCCGAUAGUAUGUCAUAUGCUAAGUGUCUUCAUGCUUUAGGGGCAGCUAAACAUCCACAAGGCGAUUUCUCAAAGGCGUUCUCACUCUUAGAGCAAGCACUUCAAAUUUAUACUAUUCCUGAUAUAUCUCGUGCGCUGAUGUAUCAUGACCUUGGUAAAACACACUUAGCUGUGGGUAACUAUUCAACUGCACUCUUAAAUUACAAGAAGUCACUAGAAAUAUUGGAAACCAUUACUGACAGUGAUCUUCGGCCUUUGAUGUUAUGCUACGGUUAUAUUGGUGAGGCAUAUGUCAAACUUGGCAAAGCACGAGAUGCUCAAUUUUACGUGAAGAAAGCCAUUGCAAUCGGUCAAAAAGUAUUUCCUUCGAUUCAUCCACACCUCGCUACCUGGUACACUUCGAUGGGUGAAACGUAUCGAAUGACAGCAGAUUAUGCAAAUGCCACGCACUACUAUGAACAAGCACUCAAAAUCAAAGAAAAAUAUUUACAGCCUGACCAUAUUGAAUUAGGUCAUACUUUGAGUGAGCUGGGUCUUCUUAACGAAAGGUUGAAUAACUAUUCAAAUGCGUUAUCAUAUCACCAAAAGGCUCUUCAGAUACGAAAUAAAUCUCUAGGUUCGAAUCAUCCGGACCUCGGUAGAACUUAUAAUAACAUUGGUAAUAUCUAUUACGGAACGCGAAAUCAUCUAAAAGCACUGUCGUUUUAUCAAAAAGCCCUUGACAUCUAUGAAGCACGCCGUAAUGAGGUUCUUCCCGAAUUGGCUAUAGCCUACAAUAACAUCGCUAACGUCUUUGAUGGGAUGCAAGACUGGGCAACGUCACUCGGAUUCUUUCGACGAGUCCUUGAAAUCGAAGAGAAAAUUCUUUCUCACGAUCAUCCUACACUGGCAAGAACAUAUACUAAUAUGGCACACACAUACAUGCUAUCGAAUAAUUACGGAGUGGCUAUUUCAUUACUCAUGAAAGCUCUUACUAUUCUAGAGAAAGAUUCCAAUGCCAACGGUCCGGACUUGGCUAAUACUUAUCGCAUUCUUUCUGUCGUUCACUUUAAAAUGAAUGACUAUCCUACUGCGCUCUCAAGGGCAUACCAAGCACGUGAAAUCUACGAAAGCAUUUACCCGCCUACCCAUUUAGAGAGAGUUAUGAACGAUAAGGGUAUCGCGGUUAUGCAUGAUAUGUUGACGAAUAAUUAGGAGGUGAUACUAAUAACUAGUAGAGGAUAAUGAACCUAAAUAUAUCCAAUGAUAGCUAGCAAAUGAACAGAAGAUUUUCCCAUUCGUCCACCUUCGAAAUAUUUUUGAUUAAUUUUAAUAAAAAUAUUCAUGCACUAAUUAGAAAGAAUGUAUUCUUAAAAUAUUAAAAAAGAAUUGAGUAUUUUAAAAUGAUUUAACUAUGAAAGUCAUGUUUUUUUUUAGUGCAUAAACUGAAGAUGAACUUUGUGUUAGUAACUAUGAUUACCUAUUAUCAUGUGCAAAAGUUGUUUCGACUUUAUAUAUUAUAAAGCUAUAUGAUAUAACAAUUGCUGCAUUUAUUUAAUGCAAUAGCCUUUAAUUCAAGAUGAACGUGCGUCAGAAUUAGAUGCUUUUCGUCGAUGAAAUUUCUAAAUUCCAUCUUUAAUGAAUUUUUCGAUAUUUUACUGAAAACAAAAUCAAAUGAUACUUCUAUAUGAAACCAUUAGAUUGAUAGUAAAAUAUAUAUUUUUGUUUAAUUCAUAUUAAGAACACAUGUUGCUGACAAUAAGCCAAAUUAAGUUUAUUAUAUUUAAUACAAGUUUUAAAGUUAACCAUCAACCACUACCUUUCACAGCACUAAUAGAAAUAAGACUAUUAUUUUAAUGAUUUCAAUGUGAUUCAAAAUAUCUGCAACAAUGAAAUUUAUCGGACAACGCUUUUAUGUAUAUAACUCCAACAAUCAAUUGCAUUAGUGUUAUAACACCGAAUACAGUAGAUUCGAUUUUUCAGUUAUCAUAUUCACAUUUGCUUCAUUAUCAACAUCCGUUUUAAUACUGUUAGAAUAGAAAUCUACUAACGGCAAAAUUCAUUUAUAGAAGAUGUUUCAUUUUGUUAUUCAAUGGUGAAUAUUUCUAAAUUUUACAUUCAUUCCAGAUGAUUAAUUUUGGUAAUAUUAUUAAUUACUAUUUGUGUAGAACGAUAAAAAAAAUCGAGAAGACAAUACUUUAAUAUAACGUUGUAUAAAAUAAUAUUAUGCAUCAAUAUGAUAAAUCACCAUUUGUCUUCUACAUAAAUAUACUGAGAUAAAAUCUAAUAAAGUAAGUUAAUACUAGAAAUAUGAUCUUUGAAAUUUCUUCAUUUUAUAUUAUGGAUAUCAUAAUUUCCGAAAAGAAGAACGAAUCUGUUCCUUUAACUGCUUCGCUAACAACAGAUAAUUCUUUUCCAUCGAAAAAUAACAACAAGGCUAAUGUAAUUACUACGGUGACUGUUUCCUUGGUAAUUCCUCUACUUUUGAAUGUGAUGUUUGUUUUGAUUUUCAAAUUUACAUCAAAAAAAGGCGAGUAUAUAUUGAAAAUAAAUAAAUAUCAGAUAAUGGUAUUGUGAAGUUAUUUCUUUUAUUUUUAUAGACGUUAUAAUAACUACGACUACUGCUAAACCAACAACAACAACAGUUACGACAAUGAAUGUUUCGACUACUUUUAAAUCGUUGGUUUUGGCAUCUGGAGUGGCUACAGUGUUCUGUUCAGCUUCGAAUUUUAUUUUGAUGUGUUUUGGUGUGAUAAUCGUCAUGGUUAUUUGAACUAAUUGACAUUUCAUUAAAUUUUUCUAACUCUUCUCAACUAAUAUUUUAUAUUUUACUCUUACUUACUAUGAUCUUAAUUAAUCUCAUAGGAAUUGCGCUAACAGCUUUUUAUCCAAUAACAUACUCGGAUGAUUUGAUAACUUGAUUUGCAAAAUAAAAUCUUGAAUUUAUUGGACGAAUAACUAAAUACAGCAUCUAUGUGUUCAAUUUGAAAUAAUGAACCAGAAUCUCAGA